ACUUAUUAAAUGAGUGACUAUCAGUGAAGAAUCAUGCAGUUCUUUUAUUUGAUUCUGGUUUUGUGUGCUGGAAGUGUUCUUGUUCAGGGUGAUGAUAUUUUGGAGGAUGCUCGAUUAACAACGACGGAAUUGCUACGCAAGUAUGGAUACCCUGCUGAGACCCAUAUUGUAACAACUGAAGAUGGGUAUAUUCUGGAAUUGCACCGGAUCCCAAAUCCUGGUGGGCAAGUGGCUUUCUUGAUGCACGGAAUGCUUAGUUCUUCUGCAGAUUGGAUCCUAAUGGGCCCUAAUGUAGGGCUUGGAUAUAUGCUUCACGAUCUGGGCUAUGACGUUUGGAUGGGAAAUGCACGAGGGAAUAGAUAUUCUAGGCGUCAUACCAAUCUCAAUCCGAGUUUGUCUGCAUUUUGGGCUUUCUCUUGGCAUGAAAUCGGAACGAGAGAUCUUCCAGCCAAUAUUGAUUACAUUGUUCAGGUAACAGGUCGUAGUGCUAUUCACUACAUUGGGCAUUCGCAGGGGACUACUGUAUUUUGGGUAAUGGCGUCGGAAGUGCCUUUCUACAACUCCCGGAUUUUAUCUAUGCAAGCCCUAGCCCCAGCUGCUUAUAUGCAUCACACAAGGAGCCCCUAUGUUAAUGGAUUGGUCAUGUGGCUUACGAGUACGACAAUGGCCCUUCAGGUUAUGGGUGUUCAUGACUUUGCACCGACGGAUCAGAUGAAUAGGGUCGGAGGGCAAGAUGAGUGCAGGGAUGGGGCUCCUACGCAAUCGAUGUGCUACAAUGAAAUCUUCCUCCUUGCAGGAUAUAAUUCGGCAGAAUUGAAUACGACUAUGCUCCCCGUCAUUAACGGACACUCCCCAGCUGGAGCGUCCACUCGUCAAAUGAUCCAUUUUGGUCAAGUUACAAGAUCUCGGAUCUUCAGACAGUAUGACCAUGGUCCAGUAAUGAACCAGAUCCAUUACGGACAACCUACCCCUCCCCAGUACCAACUACAACGCGUUACAGCCCCAGUUUAUUUCUAUCACAGCUUCAAUGACUGGCUUGCAGCUCCUGAAGAUGUCAAUCUCCUCCACAAUCGCUUACCGAAUGUAAGGGUGAAGCACUUGGUCUCUAUGAUGGAAUUCAACCACUUGGACUUUGUCUGGGCAAUUAAUCAGAGGACCCUUCUUCAUCAGCAUGUCAUUAACAAUAUGCGUGCUCGAGAGUAAUUCUUUGGAAUUAUAUUGUCAUUUUAUAUUGUUCAUUUUCUGCAAACCAUUCUGCACUUUCUCGGGCUUUAUCCCGCCAAUAAACUGCAAGUUCUUGAUAGCUGGGUCCAUGUCCUCCCAA